AUGGCGGCGCGUAAUUUCGAAGAUCUCCUCCAGUGUGCUAUACCAGUAUUCGAUGGUCUUUUUCCCGCUACUCAAAACCAGAUAGUGCAGGACCUUCUUUUCACCCUGGCUCAUUGGCACGGCCUAUCAAAGCUCCGCAUGCAUUCAGAUUUGACAUUGGAUAUCCUUGAUGCAACUACUACCGAUAUCGGCAACCAGCUCCGUGACUUCAAGGUCAAGGACAGUUUCCUUCAACCUGCAGACUUACAAGAUCCACGCUCGGAGACUAUGUGUCUUGUAUUCGACACUUCGGAACAACCGACUCUUACAGUACUGAACCGGGAGAAUUGGAACACCGCACUGGCAAGAGACGAUAUCUUAGAACAGAUAGGAAAUCCUUCAUACGCCAGCUCACUCAAAUUGAGCGUUGCCAAACCCGUAUUAGGUGUAUCAAGAAUCGUCUUGAAGAACCAAGAGCUAUCAAAUGACGACAUUGGCUCUUACCUGCGGUUGCAUGAAGGUGAUCCAGCCAUGAAGAAUUACUUUUCACGCCUAAAAGAGCAUCUUCUUUUGCGCAUCCUGACAUCUCAACCAGGCGAUUCAUGUCAACAAGCGGAAGGAGGAACAGAUCAAGUCCUCUUCAAACACAAUCGCAUAUAUCACCAUAACAUUGCUCGCUUCAACUACACAACUUACGACACGCGACGAGAUCAAGAUGUCAUCAAUCCCAAGACCUCACACCGCGACAUCAUGCUUCUCAAUAGCACUAGCGAUAAUAGUGAUUGUGGUGGGCGCUAUCACUAUGCCAGGGUGCUAGGAGUGCACCAUGUUAACAUUGUGUAUACCGGCGGUCCCUAUCAUACUGCCCUUAGAAUGGAGUUUCUUUUUGUACGAUGGUAUGAGCCAGUGGGGCAUGCUAACCCUGGCAGGACCGCCUUGGAUCGCCUUUAUUUUCCUGCAUUGGAUAGUGAAGAUGCCUUUGGAUUUCUAAGUCCAGCUGAUGUUAUGAGAGCUGCUCACAUCAUCCCUUGUUUCUCCAAAGAAAUGCGACACAAGGAUGGAAAAGGCUUGUCAGGCAUAGCCGGCGAUAAAAGUGAUUGGUGUCAAUAUUUUGUCAAUCGAUUUGUAGACCGAGACAUGCUGAUGUGUUUUCAUUAUGGUUUAGGGGUAGGGCAUGUAUACUCUCAUGAAGAGGCGCUCAACCCUCCUCCCAAAACUAUCAGUCUCAAUGAGGCCCCCUGCAAUGAACACGUUGGCGGAAAUGAAUAUGAGCCGGAGGAUGCAUUGGAGGACGAUCACACAGGUGUUGAAGAAGGAGAUAUAUUUGACCAGGAGAAAAACCAGAGUUCUGAAUUGAUUGUAGAGGAGUUAGAUGAUAUGGUGCCACCUCUAGUUCCAGACUUUACAGUGCAGGGGCUGCAAUUCGACCUUCUUAAGAAUGAGGUUUAUGGGGAAUGGGAGGAGUUUGUUCAUCUGUCCGGAGCCACCUACUACUACAAUAGGACAAGGAAAGCAUACACUGGAUUCAAUGUAAGGGAUUGCUCUAGUGAUUGCCUUGACAAAUUCGAAGCUUGGGUCAAAGCAACGCGAGCCCGAGCACAUGAAGAUCUCUUAUUAGUUGCUGAGCCGGUGAGGACUCAGAAUGUGGAUGGGGAUGUCUACCUCUAUUAUCUGGUGGCACUGGAGGCACGCAUCAUCGGCUGGCUGGAAACUUUUGAUGGCACCCAUCUUUUCAGAGAAUGCGACUCUGCCCGCCAAUGGAAUCAUAAACGACUCGAACUGGAGGCCCAAUUUUGGAAGCAUGUAGAGUUUUUCCCCCGAGACUUCAAGUUGGAUCACAUCUUUCUACGACAAUUGCGAACUGAACUUGAUUGGUUUCACGCAGCCAGUCUCGAUGAUCUUUCAGAAUCUGAAGGAAUCAUAACAGAACCAGGUGUUGCAUUGCUUGGUAGACUAUAUCACAUGCUUCGCCAUCAUCAAUACCUGAACUACUUUGGCCAACCUGAAGCCCGCCUAUUACGAACCCAUUCAAUGGGCCCAGGGACUAGAAUGCAGGGACCUUUUCCUUUCAUACUUACAGUUGCUAUGUUAUGCCUUCCAGUUUUGGUUCGCGAACGCCUUAAGCAGAUUUAUGUAGACGGUCUGGUCAAUUAUCUUGACCUCAAAGACUUCAUCAAUGACUUCAACAUUCAGAACAAUGCGCAAAUCACCUUGGCAGGGGUCAUCAUGGUGAUCAAUGCCGGUUUCCUUGCUGUACAAGGUGUCGGUACUGGAUUGGUCGCAGAGUCUAUGUUGAAGGGAUCUAUCAUUUUUUGUGUGGGCUGCCUGUUUGCGGGCAUGUUUAAUGGUGGCGGGCCUGUACCAAAGGUCCUCAAUGUUGCGGCCAGAUGA